AUGGAGAAUGAUGGUAGUGGGAGCUCAUGCAAUGAACAAUAUGCUUCGGAAGACUCCAAGCAAAACGGGAAGAGGACCGGUCAUCGCCAUACCCCUCAACAGAUCCAAGGACUUGAAGCUUUUUUUAUGGAAUGUCCUCAUCCAGACGAAGCACAGCGACAACAGUUGUGUGAAGAGUUGAAACUCGGGCCUGACCAAGUCAAGUUUUGGUUUCAGAACAAAAGGACUCAAUGCAAAGCCCAAGAGGAAAGAGCCGAUAACUUAUCACUUCGUGGAGAAAACGAAAUUCUCGAAAAUGAGAACGAAGCUAUGCUCGGGGCAUUAAUUAGUGUACUGUGUCCGGAUUGUGGAGGUCCUCCUUUUGGCAUAGAGGAACGCAAACUCAAUUUCCAAAAGUUGCUUUUGGAAAACGCUCGUCUGAAAGACCAGGAGAAAUGGAAAGAGCUUUUUCCAACGAUGGUGAACAAGGCCAAGACGCUAUAUGUGCUCGGGUCGGAGCUUCCCAUUAGAGAAAACUGCAAUAUUUUGCGAGUGAUGUGGGAGAAACUACACAUUCUGUCGCCGCUAGUGCCACCAAGGGAGUUCAUGAUCGUGAGGUGCUGCCAAGAGAUCAGUAAGGGUGUCUGGAUUAUUGCUGACGUGUCACAUAACGACUUUGACUUUGACUUUGUCAAUGCUUCUUGUUACAAACGUCCUUCUGGUUGUCUCAUCCAGUCGAUGCCCAAUGCUCAGUCGAAGGUAAUGUGGAUUGAGCAUGUGGAAGUGGCCCAUAAACUGGAUACACAUAAAAUCUAUAGAGAGCUUUUAAGCGGCGGGUCAGGCUACGGAGCUAAGCGUUGGAUUGCCACACUUGAGAGAAUGUGUGAGAGGAUGGCUCUCACCUCCAACCUAACCCUUCCUGCAAGUGACUGGAGCGAAGUCAUAAGGACAGGAGAAGAAAGGAGGAGAGUUCUGAAAUUAGGUGAGAGAAUGAUAAUGAAUUUCAACGAAAUGUUGACCAUGUCCGGAAAAGUUGACUUUCCGCAGCAGUCGAAAUGUGGAGUGAGAGUCUCGAUGCGGAUGAACCUCGAGGCCGGUCAACCACCCGGUUUAAUUGUCAGCGCUGCUUCGUCUCUAAGAAUCCCUCUCCCUCCUGUGCAAGUCUUCGACAUCCUCCGGAAACUCGACACUCGUCAGCAGUGGGAUGUUCUUGCCUAUGGGACCGUAGUCACUGAGAUCGCGCGCAUUGCCACCGGAUCAAGUGAAACCAACUGCUUAAGCAUCCUCCGGGUACAUCCAACGCAAGAAGAGAAUAAUAAUGGCAAGAUGAUAGCACAAGAGUCAGACAAGGACGACAUGUUAAUGCUGCAAGAUUGCUACAUGGACGCCUUAGGAGGCAUGCUAGUGUACGCUCCUAUGGACAUGGCUACAAUGGAUACCACUCUCUCCGGCGCGGACGUCAAAAUUUCCGAUAUUCCAAUCCUUCCUUCUGGUUUCAUCAUCUCAAGCGAUGGCCGGCGAUCCACAGUGGAGGACGGCGGAACCUUACUCACGCUGGCCUUCCAGAUCCUUGUCUCUGGCAAGACCAGUAGGUCGAGAGAGGUGAAUGAGAGGUCGGUGGAUAGAGUGAGUGCUUUGAUCAGCUCAACUGUUCAAAGGAUCAAAGGUUUGCUCAACUGUCCUGAUCAGUUUUGAGUGAGAGAAUAUGCUGUGGAAGAUUCCUUUCUGCUUUCAUUCUUAUUUUGUUUAAGACAAUUAUUUUUGGGGGUUUUUUAUGACUUUGGGUAUAAUAAUG